AUGCCUACCCAGGGCGCGGCCCCGCACCGGCCUCCCUCGCCACGGCCGCCGGCCGUCGCAACCGCGCGCAUGACAAAGGCGCGAGGGGGCGGAGGACGCGGGCGGGCGCCACGGCGCGCGGGGCGCCCUGGGCUUAUCGACCGGCGGCGGUGGGCGGGGCGGGCGGCGGGCGUGGUCCAGGGCGGGCCGAGCCGAGCGAGCGAGCGCGAACGGCCUCAGCGGCGCGGCCAGCAGCCGCAGCUGCAGCCCGCGCUCGUCCCCGCCGCCGGGCGGCGGCCCACCGGGGGCGGGGCUGAGGACCCGGUCUGCGAGGGGGGCGGGGCGGGGGUGCCAUUUUCGGCCCUCCUCGGCGCCGCCGACUCCGCCCCCGGCCCGCCCUCGCGCGCCGCGGCGCCGCCCGCCCCGCAGGGGUGUGCACUGCCCACGCCGCGGCGCCUCGCUCGUUGCAGCGCGGCCGUCCUUCGUGCAAGGCCUCGCGCUGCUGUGCAUCUGCAACAGCAGCAGCAGCAGCAAGCGCAGCAGCAUCAGGCGCAGCAGCAGCAGGCCGCGGAGUGUGCGGACGCGCAGCCGCAGCCGCCGCAGCAGCAGCACAAGGGCUUCCUGCCGGCCAACGUAGUGUCGGUGCAGGGCGUCCCCGGCCCGCUGCUGCAGGAUUGA